AUGAAGGAUAUCUAUAAGGAUGAAGAACUUGAUAUACCUGAAGGGAUAGAAAUUUCCAUAAAAGCACGUGAGGUGACAGUUAAAGGACCGCGUGGUGAAUUGAGGAAAGGGUUUCAACAUAUCAAUUUGGAAAUACAACAUCUUAAGAAAGCCAAAAAGAUUAAACUUAUUGUUUGGCAUGGAACUCGUAAACAUGUUGCCUGUUUACGUACAGUCAAAACGCAUAUUAAAAAUAUGAUAAUUGGAGUCACAAAAGGAUUUGAAUAUAGGAUGCGCUAUGUUUAUGCACAUUUUCCAAUCAAUGUUCAUAUUGAUGGAAGUGACGUUGAAAUUCGUAACUUUAUAGGUGAAAAAGUUAUUAGACGAGUCAAAAUGUUGGAAGGUGUUAAGAUUGAAAUUUCAACUGGUCUAAAAGAUGAAUUGAUUCUAACUGCUGCCGAUAUUCAACAAUCAACCACUGUUAAAAAUAAAGAUAUUAGGAAAUUUUUGGAUGGUGUUUAUGUUAGUGAACGCAGUACAGCACAAACUAAGAAUUCUAAAAAGUUCGUUACUCCAGUUAAAGGUACUCAAACUUCUCUUUGGUCCUUUAUCAAGAAGGAGCUGCCUUCUCCAGCUACUGAUUCCGAGACUCAAGAUUAUAAUAAACUAUCAGACAACACAAAACUGUCUGAUGACCCCAUGACUCCAAAGUCAAUGAAAUCAAAGGCAGUUAAGAAAGGCGCAGAAGUUUUUAUGCAAGAAGCUGAGGAGAAAGAGGGUAGUAGCGGCGAGCUGGAAGGCUUAGAACUUGAUACGCCUGUAUUAGGAAAUAGAAUUUUGAGGAGAAAUAGUAAAGCUUUUAAACGAAGACUUAUUUUUUCAUCUGGCGAAGAGGAUAACGAAGAUGAAAAUGAUAUAAACUUUAUUGAAUCACCUUUAAAAAAUAAAUCAAUUUCCCAGCAUAAAAAAUCUAAAAAAGCCAAUAAUAAAAAUGAUGAAGAGGAUGAAGAUGAAUACAUGGAAGACUUUAUUGAUGACACACUUGAAAAAAGCAGUGACGAUGAUAAUGGUAACGAUUAUGAAAAUGAUGACGGCGAAGAAUCUCCAAGCAAUUAUAAGAAAGUGAUUAGAAAAAAUCAAAAGAAACCACCUAAAUACAAACCAUUAAGCAAGAAAUUUAAGUCAUUUGCAUCAACUGAUAACAACGAUUUAGAUAUAACAGAAUCAGGAACCAAAAAAAAAAAGAAAGAAGAUAAAAGAUAUGAUUGGCUUGAAAAAGUUCGCGAUGCAAAUGGAAAUCUCGAAGGAUCACCUAAUUAUGAUUCACGUUCGUUAUUCAUACCAAAAGAAGCUUGGGAUAAAUUUACUCCGUUUGAAAAACAAUUCUGGGAAAUCAAAUGCAAACAUUGGGAUACUAUUGUAUUUUUUAAGAAAGGGAAAUUUUAUGAAUUAUAUGAACGUGAUGCUCUUAUAGGUCAUUCUGAAUUUGACUUGAAACUAACUACACGUGUCAAUAUGUGUAUGGUUGGUGUCCCUGAGGCAUCAAUUGAACAUUGGUCUGCAAAAUUUAUUGCUAAAAGUCAUAAAGUUGCUAAAGUAGAUCAAAUGGAAACUGCUCUUGGCAAGGAAAUGAGAGAAAAGGCUACCAAAACCAAGGAGGAUAAAAUAAUUCGUCGUCAACUUACGUCAAUUUUUACUGCCGGUACUGUUGUAGAUGGUGGAUUAUUGACCAAUGAUAUGUCAACAUAUUGUAUUCUUCCAAGCUUUGGAAUUUGCUUUGUUGAUACCUCAAUUGCAGAAUUUAAUUUCACGUCAUUCCAAGAUGAUAUUGAUCGAACUCAUUUUGAAACAUUGAUCAUGCAAGUUAAGCCAAAGGAAAUUGUUUAUGAAAAAAAAAUGCUCAGUAAAUCUUCACUUCGUAUCAUCAACUCAUGUAUUCAUUCUCCAGUAAUGAAUGCCUUGAUUCCUGGAAAGGAAUUCUGGGAUGAUUCUAAAACCUUAGAUGAGUUAAGAUUGUCACGUUACUUUGUCAACAAACCUCAAAAUACUUCGAGUGAUAAUGAAGAGGACGAUGAAAAUAAUAUGGAAAUUGAUUAUUCCACCGUAGAAAAUUGUUACGAUAUGAAAAAUUGGCCAAAAGUUAUUCAAGAAGCUUGUGGAAAACCUUUGUUAUUAUCUGCAUUUGGUGGUCUUAUUUGGUACUUGCGUUUGUUAAAGCUGGAUAAAGAACUUAUAUCAGUUAAAAAUUUUCACAAUUAUGACCCAAUUCGUCAUGCUACGUCACUUAUACUUGAUGGACAAACUCUUGCCAAUCUUGAAAUUUUUGAAAAUAAUAUGGAUGGAAGUGAUAAAGGAACUGUUUUUAAUUUGCUGAAUCAUUGUGUCACAUCAUUUGGUAAACGUACUUUCAAACAAUGGUUGUGUCAUCCACUUCUUUCAGUUGAUAGAAUUAAUGAACGCCUUGAUACUGUUGGAGAGUUGAUGAAAACUCAUGGCUUUGGUGAUAUAUUUUAUGAAAACUUUUCUAAAUUUCCUGAUCUCGAACGUUUGAUUAGCCGAAUACACGCAAAGUCAUGUAGAGUGAAAGAAUUUGUAAUUGUAUUGGAAUCUUUUGAGAAAUUAGCGGUUUGUGUUAUUUCUGAAAAAACCAUGGACGAAUUACGCAACCUUGUUAAUGAUUUUAGUUCUGUUAGAUUAAUUCAGUUAAUGAACAAUUUGCCAGAUUUAAAUUCAGAACUUUCAUAUUUUAUGGAUGCAUUUGAUUAUAAAACUGCUAGCGAAAAAGGUGAAUUAAUACCAGCCAAAGGAAUUGACGCAGAAUUUGAUAGGAUCAAUGAAGUAUUGAAAAAGAUUGAAAAGCAAUUGGCUGAUCACUUGUCAGCCAUGAAAAAGAAAUUAGGAUGUGAUAAACUUGUUUACAAAAAUGUUGGCAAAGAAAUUUAUCAAAUUGAGGUACCAAAUAAUAUUCAAGUACCAAAUGAUUGGCAAAGACUUUCACGUACUCAGAAAGUAUGUCGUUAUUGGAAUGCAGAUCUGCAAAAGCUUAUUAGAAGUUUUCAGGAGACUUUAGAAUAUAAAUCUAAUAUCCUUAAAUCUUUACAAGGGAAGUUUUACGAAAAAUUUGACAUAAAUUAUCAAGAUUGGUUGCUCUCUGUUAAAAUCGUUGCAGAAACUGAUUGUUUAUUAAGCUUGGUUAAAAGUUCAUUGGCAUUAGGCGAACCUAGAUGUCGUCCUCAAUUUAUCAAAGAAGGCCCAAGUGUAUUAGAAUUUGAAGAAUUGAGACAUCCUUGUGUAAUGACAGGUGUUACAAAUGAUUUCAUACCCAAUGAUACUUAUCUCGGAGGUAAAGAACCAAAUAUAAUUCUAUUAACAGGUCCUAACAUGGGUGCAGGGCAAAGUACAUUUAUGGUAGAGUUAAGUGAAACUUCAAGAAUUCUGCAUGAAGCCACCCCAAGAUCUAUGGUUAUAUUGGAUGAAUUGGGUCGUGGUACUUCUACAUUUGAUGGAUAUGCCAUUGCCUAUUCUGUUUUACAUUAUUUGGCCACCUAUAUUGGCUGCUUGGGAUUAUUUUCUACUCAUUAUGGAAUGCUAACCAAAGAAUUUUCCAAUAAUCCAAAUAUUGCUCUUAAGCAUAUGAGCUGUCAUAUGGAUCAAAAACUUAGGGAAGUCACUUUUCUUUAUAAGCUUGUUCCUGGUAUAUGUCCAAAAUCAUAUGGAAUGAAUGUUGCUAGUAUGGCAGGAAUUCCAAGUCAGAUUGUGGAAAGUGCAGAAGUUAUUGCCAGAAAAUUUGAAGAAUCUUCGAAGCUUAAUAACACAUUGACGGCUAAUGGUUCAAAUAUACAAUUAUGCACUCAAAGUGAUUUUGUAUAUUUGUUAAGAUCGAUUCAAAAAGUUAAAUCCGAUAUUUCAGAUGUUGGUGAUAGGGCGAUGGAUAAUCAAACAGAACAUGAAAAAGAAAAGAGAGAAACUAGAAUCUUAAAGGCAAUAAUUCGCAGCAUAAAAGAGUAG